AUGAAACACCCGGCCAGAAACCACGCCUCUGAAUACUACUUCCCACAGCAACCGCUGUACACGUUUGGCCCGACCUCUGGCCAAUCCUCUGGGCUUGGGGCUUCUGAUGCUCGCACCUCGGGGGCACAAGGCCAAAAGUCGGCUUGGUACCAGCAGGCGCCUGGCCCAUGGCACAUGUGGCAGCAGGGCUACCAGAUGCCGGUGCCUGCCUUCCAUGCAUAUGGCCCCAUGUUCCCCCAGGGGCCGCCAAUCCGGCCUCCUCCUCCUCGCACCCCACCUGGUCCACCCCCUCGCAAGCCUUCCACCACCAAGGCACCCUCCGCGCCCCAAGGCCAGCCCAGCAGCAAGGCACCUUGCAGGGAGCAGGAGAGCAAGGAGGAAGCUCCAGUGAAAGUUCUGCAGCGGCCCCCAACAGUCAGCAAGCCUCAGGCUCAGGCCACCAGCUCGUCAGCAUCCUCCCAUUCUGAACCGGUGUCGAGCAUGCCAACCUCUGUCACCUCAUGGACAAGCCACAAUGGAUCUGCGACGCCAGUGUCAGUCCUUCCUGGUGCCCUGGCGCGCACAGUCCUGAACCCAGAUGCAGCGCCCUUCAUUCCAACAUGCACGGACUCGCCAACAGCGGAGCCGGAGCCUUGGACACCAAAGCCCCAGAGCCGCGCAACCCCCCUGCGCAAGACGCGCUCCAACCGCAUGAGGGACUCUGGCACUGAACAGCCAGCCACCUGCCUGCACAAGGUUAUAGCCCGCAUGGAGGCUAAGCCGCAUGCGGAGCAUGCGGAGACAGAGGCAGGCGAGCCUGGCACCGACAGUGCAGCUCAGCAGGGGCCGCUGCAUGCUGAUGUGGACAAGUUACCCGUCUUGCGGCCAGUCAAGAUUCGGGAGGAGCAGGAGAUCUCUAUCGAUGCGAGCAGCAACAGGAUCACUGAGUCCGCGAUCGCGAUGAUGUCAGCAGUGGACAAGAAGCUUCCCAGAGCCUCCAAGCAGCCGCCGCCUGAUGAACCCGCCAUUACAGCAGCGGACAAGAAGCUUCCUACAGCAUCCAUGCAGUCGCCUCCUGCGACUGUGACUGAGACCACGAUGAUGUCAGCAGUGGACAAGAAGCUUCUCGCAGCCUCCAAGCAGCCGCCGCCUGCUGAGACCGCCAUUUCAGCAGUGGACAGGAAGCUUCCUGCAGCUCCCAAGCAGCUGCUGCCCAUGACGAUGAUUGACACGGCGAUGUCACCAUCGGAAAAGAAAUUUCCCACAGCCUUCAAGCAGCCGCCGCCCCCACUUGCUGCUACACAGACAGGCGCUCAGAAAUACAGGAGACUUGCCACGCCGAUCCCACUGCCGCCCUCACCCACAUAUGAAGCCCAGGAAGCGCGGAGAACCAUCAAGAUAUCCCCCACCUACGGGGCACAGGAAGCGCGCAGGACCAUCAAGGCAGCCAUCGAGUCAGGUGUGGAGAUCGAGUCUCAGAUGCAGAUCCGCCCCAAGUUAGCUGCUGUGAAGCCAGCUGACACAUUCAGGCACCCCAGCCACCAGAUCAGCCACAGCGAGGCCAGGAAGCAGCCUCGCCAGAAGACUGUCUACCGGCCGCCGCCCUUCUUCAAGACCUCGCAGCAGCCGCGCAGCAGCAGCAAAGCAGGGGGGAUGCCUCCGGCCGCAGCAGGCCCCGGUGACCGGCACAUGGCAGGCGUGCAGACGCUGCGGGUCAGCGCUGGCGGCAAGCAGGGGCCACUCCUUGGCAGCAGCGCGGCUGACGGCCCAGAGACCAUCUACUGGGUCAGCACUGCAAGGACAAAGCCCGCCGCCGCCAGCUGGACUGCGUGCUGCGCCGCGCUGGAGCUGCAUGAGAGCGAGCCGGACUUCCAGGACCAGGCCUCAGACUGCCUGUCAGAGUGCGCGGUGGCCGGCAGCACCGCGAGCUCCGACAACCCCCUGGACUUCCUGCUUCCUGGGGUCGCCGAAUCGAACGGCAAUGAGGAGCCGGACGCACCGCCAGCCGACGCGGCCGCGGCCGGUGCCGGUGCCGGCAAGACCAGCCCGGUGAAGCCCGCUGCACCGCACAAGGGCCCCAGCGGCCAGGGACGGCUGCACACAAGCGCUCCGCUGACGGCUGAGAGCGUGCGCGCGCUGAACGCUGACAUCACAGCGGCAGGCGUGCACCAAAAAGCUGAUGCGCCGUCAGCGUGGCAGCGGCGCAACAGCAAGGUGCACGGGGGCCCCUGGGCCGGCAAGACCACAGAGGCAGCUGCCGGAAAGCUGCCAGCAGCUGGCAGGCUGGGGGCAGAUGGAGGCGGUGGCGCUGUGGCAGGGCAGGGUGCCAGCAAACUGGACAAUGUUGCCUGUUGCCUGGCCGUCACGGCGGUGUUCGAGGGCAAGGUGUCAGCCAAGGAGCUGGCCCGCCUGCUGGGCGGCCACUUCGGCAAGUUUGCGCCCCUUUCUGAGCUACUGUUCUCCACCGCAGCCUCUGAUGACAAGGUGAGCAUCAAGGGCAUGGCGGCGUACAGCUCACACUCAUCCCCCAGCAGCCUCCAGGCAGCCAUGGACAACAGCGCAGGCAGGCAGGUGCGGCAGCUGCGCAUCACACAGUGCGCAGGCCGGAGAUCUGCAGAGUGGGAGAAAUUCAGCGCAUCAAAGCAGUGA